GUUGGGUCACGUGCAAGCUCCCUGAGCACUCAGCACGCCUUGGCAUUUGACCGUUAAGGUGCCAACCCCCGUCGCGACCAAAGCGAAAUUUUGGCGGUGUUUGCUGCCAAAAACCUCCCGACUGCGUCCAGACUCCAGAGCGAACCCGAUGAAGGGCGAGAUCAAACGACUUCUGCAUCGCCUAAAGUAACGUCCUCUCGCUUCUCCAUCGGUAGAACUAGCACAGAUCCGAAUUUCCGCAUGUGUAUUAUUUACGAUACCAUUUUUAAUUGAAGUCGUUUUGAUUGAUGCCGACGGCUUUGCUGGCGACGGACUCGAUCCCCACCCAAACAGAGCACGCUUAUCUGCCCGUGACGCGACGGCCGAGGGGCCCCCCACCAUCAUGACCUCCAACGAUCUCCGCGAUGUCCUCAACCUUCCCUCCGAACACUCUCCAGCACCCCGGCCAAACAAAAAGCAAAGAACCGGCGCGCCUCGUCCAAACCUGAAGGGACUAGCACGCGAAGUCCAGAGUCUUGGCGGCGACAACCCAAUAGCCAUCGUUCCGGAGGUUCCAUUCUUCAAGAAACGGCGCUACGCCAGUCGCAAACCAGCUGCGCGAUGGGAGCUGAGGGCAUUUACAAACUCGGCAAGAGGGGAUAAUGGUUCCCUCGUUCUGAGGCACUGGAAACGGAAGACGGACCAUGGGCCCCCAGGAGAACCCCCGCAGGAACCGGAGUCCCGGCCGAGCGAGGAUGGAGUGGAUACAGAGAUGAAGGAGGAGAAGCCCGAGGACUCCGCAUUCGCCAAGUUCAAUGUGCGCGUGUCAGUUCCGCAGUACAACGAGGACCAGUACCAGUCGAACCUACAAAGCACGGAGUGGACGAAGGAGGAAACGGACUAUUUGUUGGAACUGGCGAAGGAAUACGACCUACGCUGGCCUAUCAUCUGGGACCGGUACGAGUUUGUGCCAAAGCCACCUGAGGGAGAGGAGGCGAACGGCACUAGUACGGCCGUGGUGACAGCCCCGAAACCAAGGACGUUGGAGGACCUGAAAGCGCGCUACUACGAGGUUGCGGCAAAGAUGAUGGCGGUGCAAAAGCCGGCGCAGUAUAUGACGCGGCCAGAGUUCGAGCUAUACGAGAUGAUGCAGAACUUCAACCCGGAGCAGGAGAGGAAGCGGAAGGAGUUUGCCCUCAACACGAUGGCCCGCUCUAAGGAUGAGGCCCGGGAAGAGGAGUCCCUACUCCUGGAGAUCAAGCGCAUCCUAGCUCGCACCGAGCGCUUCAACGAAGAGCGCCGCGAACUCUACAACCGUCUCGACUUCCCCGCCACGGACUCUGAUAUCAACUCUUUCAAGAGCUCAGCAGGGCUCCAAGCACUUCUCCAGAACCUCAUGUCGACAGACAAGUCUAAGAAGCGGAAGAGCAUUCUCGGUCCCGGCGACGGCGUCAGCCCAGGGGGUGCUGUCCCAGGCAGCGCCGUCUCGGAAUCGGGCCCCAACCGGCGCGAGAGUAUCGCGGCUGCAGCCUCCAGUCGCCGCGACUCCGAUGCCCGCGGGCCCGCCAUGUCCGCCGAGCCAACGCCCACAACCGCUUCUUCCUCCGGCCCGGGCCACAAAAAGAAAGGUUCCGCCGCGCAACCGGAGCGCCGCAAGCUAUCUGCCCAGGAAGAGCAGGUGUACGGUGUAUCCUACCACGACCGCCUCGGCAGCGGGCCGACCUUCCGCUACGAGAAGAUCAACAAGCUGUACAGCCACAAGUCCGGUCAACAGCAGCUUCGCAUUACGAAUGCGCUCGCCGAGCUGGACGUUCCUCCCCGGCUGGUCAUGCCGACCGCCGCGGUCACUGCGCAGUUUGAGGUGCUCUGGGGCGCCGUCACCGCUCUAGUAGAUCUCAGGAAGUUGAGCGACAAGUUGGAAGGCGAGAUCAAGUUGGAGGAGGCGAAGAAAAUUGAACGGGAGAGGGCAAAGGCGGUGUUAGGGACUGGGGACGGUGGGGACGAGGAAGCGCAGGGCGAGAAGGGCAACGAAAAGGGAAAGGAAGAGGUCACGAACGAGGAUGUCGACGUGGUAGGCGAAGGUAGGCAAUCGGGAGAAGAUGCUGGUGCCGGCGGGGAUGCCGCUGCGGGGAGCGUCAAAGAUGAGCCGGGGACCGAGAAGGACAAAGGCACGGGGCAUAAACGGAGUGCGAGCGAGCUCAGUGCGACGAGCGACAAGAGUGCUAAGAGGCAGAAGAAGUAGGAAGCUGACUAGGUACCGCCUUGUGUAAGGGAUCGGGGAAGUCCCCGCGUGUCGGUAUGUGUAGCGAUUAUGAACCACGCCUUGCCUAAUUGCAUCGCGGUUGAAUCCAGCGUGUAAUCCCAGGUUCGGGUAGUGUUGCUCUUCAUCAUUACCACUUCGAGGGACUGUCACAGGCCUUGAACAAUAAGAUCUAAUGCUUAAGUUUGCCGUA